GGAACUACUCUUCUCUCUUCUUCCUGUUUCUCAUCCUUUACACCUGAUUUCUUCAACUCUAUUGACUCACUCAAUUUUUUCUUUUUUUUUUUGUACCGGGGAUCGAACUCAGGACUUUGGGUUUGUAAGGCAGGCCUGGUUGCCACUGAGCUAAAUCCCUGGCCCCACUCACUUUCAAGUACUGUAUGUAAGUUAUUUCAUCAUAAAUGCAAUAAUGCAUAUAUAAAUUGAUUGUUAUAAGGACCACAAAGAAAGAAGCAAUUAUCUGUCAGAAGGGAGGUGUGAGUCGAGGAAAGCUUCAAAGAGAAGGUGAUUAAUUCAAGUUCGGUUUUGAAGACUAUGUGCAAAAGCACUCCCAAGACACGAGACAGAGGCUGGAGGAUGGCUGCCAGUUCAAGGCCAGCCUGAAUUACAUAGCCAAGAUCCUGUCUCAAAAGAAAAAAAAGAUUAUGUGCAAAGACAAAAGACAGGAACGCAUGGGAUAAGAUGAUACGUUUAAAAAAUUUAGGUGCCUCUUCACGGCUGGAAGGACCCUGAGUUGGUAUAAGGGAACAAGAAUAGUGCUCAGGGAGAACUUUUGUUUUUAAAUAAGAAGAAUGGUGGCUAGGAAAAGUGAAAAGAAGUAGUCUGGGUUUGGGCUGGGUCGGGAAGAAAAUGUGGCCCUAUCGGGGCCAGCAGACGCCCUUUCCCAGCACCAGUCUCCGCACUUUUGGCCUGGACUGAGCUCCGGGAUCUCCCUCCCUCCUCCUCCUCCCGAGGAGCCUGCAGCGGGCGGGCGAGGCUGGGGGUGGCCCUGCCUGGGUGGUCUCCGGCCCCGCCCCCUGAGGCGCCGUUACCUAGCAGCGGACCAGGCGGCGGGGCUCCUCGUAGUUUGCCGGCCCCUUAGCCAAUGGGAGGGCGUCGCCCGGGCCUGCUCCCUUUUUCUGGGGCUCUGGAAGUCUUCUGGACACUGCAGCAGUCAGCUUGAGCUGCAGAGUGCGUCGCAGGCCGCCACUUCUGCUUACACGUGGAACCCACCCCGGCGGCCUCAGGCCACUGCCCACGGAUCUCAGGAGCCCGGGCGCCUCGCUGAAGACCCGCACUACCUUGCACCGCCCGGCUCUCCUCCCUCUCACAGCCGCCGCUUCACUUUACACCCCACGAUCUCACGCACGCUGGAGCCUUCGCGGCCCUACUGAAGCUCCAUUCGGGCCGGCGGCACCGAGACCAGGCUAUUCUAUGAGAGACCCCAGAUAACGCAGGUUGGGGGCACCCGCCCCCUCCAUCUGGCCAGCAUGGCUGGGCCGCCGCCCCUCAGAGAGCUGCCCCCCGACUACAUGCCCCCAGAUUCACCCGCAGCAUCUCAGAUCCUAACUGUAAGCCUGAAGGCUCCCCUCUGGCUUCGAGCUUACUUCCAGCGUCUGCUCUUCUCUCUGGGCUGCAGCAUCCAGAGACACUGUGGCAAGGUGCUCUUCCUGGGACUGUUGGCCUUUGGGGCUCUGGCACUGGGUCUCCGUGUGGCCAUUAUUGAGACAGACCUGGAACAGCUCUGGGUAGAAGUGGGCAGCCGAGUGAGUCAAGAGCUGCAUUAUACCAAGGAGAAGCUGGGAGAGGAAGCUGCCUACACCUCCCAGAUGUUGAUUCAGACCGCCCGCCAGGAGGGGAAGAAUGUCCUCACAUCAGAAGCACUUGGCCUCCACCUCCAAGCAGCCUUUACUGCCAGUAAAGUGCAAGUAUCGCUGUAUGGAAAGUCCUGGGAUUUGAACAAAAUCUGCUAUAAGUCAGGAGUUCCCCUUAUUGAAAAUGGAAUGAUUGAGCGGAUGAUUGAGAAGCUGUUUCCAUGUGUGAUCCUCACACCACUUGACUGCUUCUGGGAAGGAGCCAAACUCCAAGGGGGCUCUGCCUACUUGCCGGGCCGCCCUGAUAUCCAGUGGACCAACCUGAAUCCAGAGCAGCUGCUCGAGGAACUGGGCCCCUUUGCCUCCCUAGAAGGCUUUCGGGAACUGUUAGACAAGGCACAAGUGGGCCAAGCCUAUGUAGGGCGCCCCUGUCUGGACCCCGAUGACCUCCAGUGCCCUCCUACUGCCCCCAACCACCGCAGCAGGCAGGCUCCCAAUGUGGCUCAGGAGCUGAGUGGAGGAUGCCAUGGCUUCUCUCAUAAAUUCAUGCACUGGCAAGAGGAAUUGUUGCUAGGAGGCAUGGCCCGAGACCCCCGAGGACAGCUACUGAGGGCAGAGGCCCUCCAGAGCACUUUCCUGCUCAUGAGUCCCCACCAGCUGUAUGAGCACUUCCGAGGCGACUACCAGACCCACGACAUCGGCUGGAGUGAAGAGCAGGCUGGCAUAGUGCUACAAGCCUGGCAGCGGCGAUUUGUACAGCUGGCCCAGGAAGCCCUGCCUGAGAACUCAUCGCAGCAGAUCUAUGCCUUCUCUUCCACCACCCUGGAGGACAUCCUGCAUGCCUUCUCGGAAGUCAGCGCUUCACGUGUGGUGGGAGGCUAUCUACUAAUGCUGGCCUACGCCUGUGUGACAAUGCUACGGUGGGACUGUGCCCAGUCUCAGGGGACCGUGGGCCUUGCUGGGGUGUUGCUGGUGGCCCUGGCAGUGGCCUCAGGCCUUGGGCUCUGUGCCAUGCUCGGCAUUGCCUUCAAUGCUGCUACUACUCAGGUGCUGCCCUUCUUGGCACUGGGCAUUGGUGUGGAUGACAUAUUCCUGAUGGCACAUGCCUUCACAAAGGCCCCACCUGGCACCCCCCUCCAGGAGCGCAUGGGCGAGUGUCUGCAGCGCACGGGCACCAGCGUCGCACUCACAUCCAUCAACAACAUGGUUGCCUUCUUCAUGGCUGCCCUGGUUCCCAUCCCUGCACUGCGGGCCUUCUCCCUGCAGGCGGCUGUUGUGGUUGGCUGCAACUUCACAGCAGUGAUGCUCAUCUUCCCAGCCAUCCUCAGCCUGGACCUGCACCGGCGCCACUGCCAGCGCCUUGAUGUGCUCUGCUGCUUCUCCAGCCCCUGUUCUGCUCGAGUGAUUCAGAUUCUGCCCCAAGAGCUGGGGAAUAGGACACUACCAGUGGGCAUUGCCCACCUGACCACCACAGUACAAGCUUUCACUCACUGUGAAGCCAGCAGCCAGCAUGUGGUCACCAUCUUGCCUCCUCAAGCCCACCUGGUGCCCCCACCUUCUGACCCACUGGCCUCUGAGCUCUUCAGCCCUCGAGGCUCCACACGGGACCUUCUAGACCAAGAGGAGGGGUCAAGGCAGAAGCCAGCCUUCAAGUCACUCCCUUGUGCCUGCUGGAAUCUUGCCCAUUUCGCCCGGUAUCGGUUUGCACCCUUGCUGCUCCAGUCACAUGCCAAGGCCAUGGUGCUGGUGUUCUUUGGGGCUCUUCUGGCCCUGAGCCUCUACGGAGCCACCUUGGUGCAGGAUGGGCUGGCCCUGACCGAUGUGGUGCCUCGGAGCACCAAGGAACAUGCCUUCCUGAGCGCCCAGCUCAGGUACUUCUCCCUGUACGAGGUGGCCGUGGUGACCCAGGGUGGCUUUGACUACGCCCACUCCCAACGUGCCCUCUUUGAUCUGCACCAGCGCUUCAGUUCCCUCAAGGCUGUUUUGCCCCCGCCUGCCACCCACACACCCCGAACCUGGCUGCACUAUUACCGCAACUGGCUACAGGGAAUCCAGGCUGCGUUUGACCAGGACUGGGCUUCUGGACGAAUUACCCGCCACUCCUACCGAAAUGGCUCUGAGGAUGGGGCCCUGGCCUACAAGCUGCUCAUCCAGACCGGAAAUGCCCAGGAACCUCUGGAUUUCAGCCAGCUGACCACAAGGAAGCUGGUGGACAAGGAAGGCCUGAUCCCCCCAGAGCUCUUCUAUAUGGGGCUAACUGUGUGGGUGAGCAGUGACCCCCUGGGGCUGGCAGCCUCACAGGCCAACUUCUACCCCCCACCUCCCGAAUGGCUGCACAACAGAUUCGACACCACUGGGGAGAACCUUCACAUCCCAGCUGCGCAGCCCCUGGAGUUUGCCCAGUUCCCCUUCCUGCUGCAUGGCCUCCAGGAGACUGCAGACUUCGUGGAGGCCAUCGAGGGGGCCCGAGCAGCCUGUGCAGAGGCAGGCCAGGCAGGGGUUCGUGCCUACCCCAGCGGCUCCCCCUUCCUCUUCUGGGAGCAGUAUCUGGACCUGUGGCGCUGCUUCUUGCUGGCUGUCUGCAUCCUGCUGGUGUGCACCUUCCUAGUCUGUGCCCUGCUGCUGCUCAGCCCCUGGACAGCUGUUCUCAUUGUGCUGGUCCUGGCCAUGAUGACUGUGGAGCUCUUUGGUAUCAUGGGCUUCCUGGGCAUCAAGCUGAGCGCCAUCCCCGUGGUGAUCCUUGUGGCCUCUGUAGGCAUCGGCGUCGAAUUCACAGUCCAUGUGGCCCUGGGCUUCCUGACCACCCAGGGUAGCCGGAACCUUCGGGCUGUCUGUGCCCUGGAGCACACAUUCGCCCCCGUGACCGAUGGAGCUGUGUCCACACUGCUGGGUCUGCUCAUGCUUGCCGGUUCCAACUUUGACUUCAUCGUGAGGUACUUCUUCAUGGUGCUGACAGUGCUCACCCUCUUGGGCCUCCUCCAUGGACUUGUGCUGCUGCCUGUGCUGCUGUCCAUCCUGGGCCCCCCGCCAGAGGUGGUGCAGAUGUACAAGGAGAGCCCACAAGUCCUGAGCCCUGCAGCUGCACAGGACAGCGGGCUCAGGUGGGGGUUGUCUCCCAGCCUGCCCCAGAGCUACACCAGAGUGACUACCUCCAUGACUGUGGCCUUCCACCCACCCCCACUCCCUGGUGCCUAUGUCCACGCAGCCUCUGACGAGUCCACGUGGUCCUCUGUUGCCACUCCAGCUGCCAACACUGCUGGCAACCCCAGCUCUAGGGGGCCAUGUCCAGCCACUGAAUAAAGGAGCAGUGGAAGCAGAGGCCCUGCUUGGGCCACAUGACAUCACUGGAAAGCCAUGGAUGGGGUGUGCAGUACAAAAUGGGCCCCUGGCGGGCCCUGCUGCUGCUGUCUGCAUCCUUGACUCAGCCAUCACAGACCUGCCUGACAUCCAGGCAGAACAGCCUAGUGCACCAGGGCCCAUGUACCCCAUGUCUGUGUUCAGCCGGGUGUAAAAGCCAGCACUGCAGGCUGUAGAGCACCUCCGUCCCUCUCCAUGGUGCCGCCCACAUGAGUCUAGCCCUUAGGGGCCCUCAAGCACCCUGGGCCAAUCCUGGCCCCUCACUGCUUGGUGACUUCUAGGUAGGCUCUGUAUAGCCCUGUCCACCUCCUAUAAAUUAUUUAUAUGAAGAUGUUUAUUUUUGUAGUAUACAUAGAGGUUAGCUCUGCUGAAAGUUAUAUUUUUAAAGAAUGAAAUAUAUUCUUACGAACUCA